AAAAAAAAAACAAAUCCUCAAAGCACAAGUGAAGGGAAGAAGUGGUCCCAGCGUCAUUAAUUUCCCCUUCAGCAUGGCCAGCUGUUUCGCGAGACCCCACGGUCCGAGCAACCUGUUUGUCCGCUGCACUGAAACUCGAUUAGAGGCUCCGAGAACAUCGAUCCAUCACGCGCAAGCAACUCAGCAUGCCAUGCCAGAAGUGUUGCCAUCAGCGACUCCACGCUGCGAACGGCUUUUGCCUGGAAUAUGAAGAAUGACUAAGCCGACGACGAUGAUGAUGACUAAUAAUUAACAUGUUUCCGUGACCGCUGUCUGUUGGCACACGGGAAAAUUAUGAUCUGUGCGGCUACAAGUUGUAACCUAACAACCUCACAACGAUUGGCAGAUUGAUUAAUAACCUCGGCGGCGAGAAUCGUGAACGGUAAGAAUCAAACAAACGCUGAGGAAUCGUUGACCCCGAAACCAACAAAUAAAAUCGUCAACCUUGAAGAAUUGUUGAAAUUAGGGGCUUCCGUAUCUGGUUGCCGAAACCAAGUCAGUGCGCCUUCAGGGUGGGCCACCUACUUUGAUUGCUGGUUUCAAAUUUCUAAUGACUAACCCCUCGUUUGACAGCGCAUCGCCAUAGUUCUUCGUUUGUUUACCAACAAACCGCCGCCAUGUUAGACGGCGCACGCAUCAGGUAAAAACGCAUUAUCCUAAAAAUAAACGUUCUCGAAAAGUGUACACAAACAAAAUCGCAACGGGCGACGACGCCAACUGCGACUGCGAGAGGAGAAAGUUAGUCUACGAGCGACGCUCCUCGGUUGUCAACCUGUUGAUCAUCAAGCAGGCCACGUGCGCGACGCGCUAGAAGUUUCGCGAUCGCGGCAAACGCUUCGCAAGCGUUGCAAUUGGUUAACGUUGCGCUGGUCACGUGGAUUUUUCGUUUUGGGGUAGUUUGAGGAUCGCUGGAGAGUUGGGAAUCGUUCUGCAUCUGUCGACUUAUAUAAGUUUGCAAAGCCGUAGCGCAGUUUUCAAGGCUAGGUUGAGGCGCAUGCGCCGAUCGUCUAUUUUGGUUUAGAAAUAUGCUUGCGGAGUGAAAUGUCGAAAAAGUUGCCCGUUCGUUCCCUGGGCGAGCUGGCCCUGGCGGAACUGGCUCACUCGAUCGUGUCCGUCGUCGGGAACAUGCUGCAGACCACGUACACCUUUGGCGUUGAGCCGGAUUUCACGCUGCUUCAGGUGGAGAUCAAUUCGUACCUGGAGACCAUGGGUUGUAUCACUGUGAUAUACGAGGAUCUGCUGCGAGUGAUCCUCAGUUCGGACUCGCUUGAGGCAGCGAUACGGUUUUGUUGUCUGCAGAUGUUGCUCAACGAAGGCGUUACGACGCUGAAUACCGAGAUCUUCCCGUUUGCGUAUUACGAGAGGAUCUUGCAGGUGAUCGCUGCUCAGGGACGGGGAUUGAGACAGCUCAACAUGAAGGGUGUCUGGGUGAGGGAAGAGUACAUGUGCUUUAUGUUCGAGAUCAUCAAGGCGUUGCCGAACCUGACAAAGCUGACGAUCCCUCACGUGGCCAAUGACAAUCUGCUGAAACACAUUGGAGACUACUUGAAGAACGUCCGACAGCUGGACGUUAGCGGCGAAACGGACAUCACCGAGAUUGGUAUCGAAUAUCUGAGCUACGGAGAGUCCAAGAACAUGCUUACGAUGGUAGACAUUGGAUCGCUUGGAGAGGAGAACAUUUGUCACACGGACGUGGCGAUAUUGUUAGCCAAUCUUCCAAACCUGGCUAGUUUGGGAAGUUACUCGUUCGUUGGACGAAGUCUCCAUCACAUCCGGGAGCAGAAAGAUCCGGCGUUCAAGUGCAAGCUAGUGUACUUGCACGAUACGGACACCAAAGCCAAGAUCAUGGACGCCAUUGUGGGCACUUGUCCGAAUCUUCAGGAUCUCUAUCUGGACCGACCCGAGUCGGGAAUCCUGCAAAAGUUGAACGAUGUACGCUUGCGACGGCUUAAGCUGUACAAGUUCAACUGUUCCGAACUGAUCGCGCUGACAAACUCCAUCGGCAACUUCCUGCGUCACAUCACCCUGAUCAAAGGUCGCGGCACGAUGGAGAUCCAUGCUCUGGCACGAUCCUGCCCAACGCUCAUAGACCUUGAUCUCUACAUGAUGGAUUCGUUGACGUUUUCCGGUGAUCGUGCCUUCGCCGAUCUCCAAGGUCUGGAGAUCCUGAGCAGUCCCUUCUCCCAUCCCGGCCUUCACAGCUUCCUAAGCCAGUCCACCCGUCUGAAACGGAUCGCCAUCGACUGCGUAAUGUUUACAGAAGAGGAGUUCAGCACCCUCCUGAUCGAGAAAGACUUCUACCAAUUGGAAGACGUCUGGUUCACCACAGCUCCUAACCUCACCAUGGCAAGCAUCGAGAUGCUGAUGGAUCGCUGUCCGGAGCUGCAAAGCUUGGGUCAACUAUCCGGUUGGUCACUGACACCAGAUGACGUGACACUCCUCCGCGCGAUCAUCAAGAGCUGCAACUCCGCCCUGUAUUUGCCCAUGGUUCGACUGUCCAUCACCCGACCACGAGCAUUCAUACGUUAGCGUUAGCGUAAGACGUGCGUUAGAACAAGACGCUAAUGUUAUUGUUUUCCCUCUCUCCUUUCCCUACCCUCUCUCUCUUUUGGUCCGUUCCGUUCCAGAUCGUGCAGUCGCUCUGAUCCCCCCCUCCCGAUUCCAUCCAGUUCUCUCUAUCCGUCUCUUUCCGUCCAGGUUCGGGAAUCUGCGCGCCGCAGUGCAAUACACCCCAAAUGAGAUUAUCAAA